CGUAGAACGUAACAGUAGGAACACGUACGACUCUGCAAGACACACAACGUUCGUAACGCAGCGUCGCUACGAUAACCGUGACUGACCGUGGCAGACUUGACUUUAUUUGCUGCGGACGCUGCAGUAUAGGUUAUAGAAGUGAAUUGUCAGCGAAAUAUUUGAGAAAUGAGAGUAAAUUUAUCAAUUGUCGUAGAAUAAAUUUUUCAUUACAUCAUUGGAAUAUGGACGACAUAGAACUGUUUUAUAUUUAUCAUUGGAUGGCUGCAUACAUUUUGUCACGCAGAAGAAGAAAUUAUUCUAAGCGUUGGGUUAAUCGGAGAUGGUGGGUUAGGAAUAUUAAUAAGAACCGUAAUCAGCAAGGAGAUUUUAAUGCUCUAUUUCAAGAACUAAAAGAUGACACGGAAAUGUUUUUUCGAUAUACUAGAAUGAGCGUUAACGUCUUUUAUUUAUUGUUGGAAUUGGUUGAACCAUUUUUAAGGAAAAAUAAUUGGAGAGCUUUGUGCCCAGAACAACGACUGUCUUUGACUUUGAGAUAUCUGCCCAAAUCGGAGAGUCAACAGUAUCUUCGGUCAUUAAGCACACUUGUACCGUAUUAA